GUGCAUACACCUCCUGUGAGCUUACCAGAUCGACGGCGAGCUCAACGAGCGGACAGUUACCUUUCCGUUCUGAGACCGCGAGGAUCUACCUCUUUCCAUAGUGCCGAGUUCGACUGUGAUCAUUAUCUCUGGGUAGCUCGAGAACGAGCCGCCCGAAGAUGACACCGAUACCAUUUGCAUACGCCAUUCUCGCUGCAUUCUUGUGCGAGGUGCAGGCGAUCUCGUCGUCCUGGCGACCGAUCGUGUCGGGCCACGCCGACGGCGCAGGUAUACUGCAUCAGGAGGCAUCGAUUUUCGGAAAUGCGCCUACGCAGACGCUCUACGACGUGGACAGUCCUCAUCAUCUGCUGGCGCACGACGACCAUGAGACAUGCUCUCUCUAUAAAGUCGCCAUGACCCAGCAGCUGUACUUCGAGUACAUCCAUUACAAGGUAGACCUGCCGGACAUGAAGGAGUUCACGCUAUGCAUGUGGACGAAAUUUCACAAUCACUCCAACGACCAUCCCCUGUUCUCUUACGCAGUCGGCGACCAACCGCGGGGGAUACUGUCGUGGGUCGCGAACACACCAAGGAGUUCGUACUACAUGCUCAACGUCAACGGUCACACCUUGUACAGAUUGAAUUAUCCGCUGAGACUUAACAAGUGGUACCACUCCUGCCAGAGCUGGAAUGGUCGCACCGGGGAAUGGCAGAUUUGGAUCAACGACGAGCGUGUAGGUCGCGGGUUCAACAACAGGUUAGUCGGGCACGUUAUCAAAGGCGGCGGAAUCGCCAUUUCAGGGCAGCAACAACGACAACUGGGUGGCGGUUUCUUGGAGGGCGAAGACGCGCCACCGGGUUCCGGUGGCUAUUUAGGAGAACUGACGAUGGUGCAGCUCUACGACGUUGCCCUGACCGCGGGCAAGGCGCACAAAGAUCACAAGCACCAUCACGCCCAUCAUUACGAACACGACACGAGUAAUAACACGCCGAGGACUACCACGCGAACGCCUGUAACCGGACCUCCCUUGCCACCGCAUCCCUUCCUCACCGGAGGGCAGAUCAAUACACAAGUGAAGAUCAAUCCGGGGGCGGGGAUUCAGAUCGUACAAAACGGCCUGACCAUUCGUCAUCCGGCAUUACCGCCGGUCCCGGAGUCACCCCCGCAGCCGCUGCCGCCCUUGAAUCUCGACGUUUUCACGACGCCCUUCCCCGCGCUGCCAACGCAAUUCGGUAAUCCGACGCAGCAACGGUUGCCGGUUGCCCCUGGACCGUCGUCGAUCUUCGCGGACGGACCUUAUCAUAAUCUCUUCAAAAGAGAGAGGAGCGAGUCGAGGAAACGGGACAUUAAGAACGAGACGGCGGUGUCGGGUCUGACCGAGCCCGAGAAAUCCGUCGCGAAGAGAGACACCGAGAAAACUUCGAGAGAAGUUGCUGGUCCCGACGACAAGGUGUCCUUCGUGGCAAAAACGGCGGACGCGAACGACAAGAAGCUAGGAAAACGCGAGACCGAGAAGAAGAAGAGAGGGCUGCUGCAAUUAGGCGACGGAUCGAUUCUUGACGACGGAUACUCCAGUCCGCAAGGUUUGGACGACGACUAUUUCACGGGAUUGACCGGCUUCGGGCUCGCGAAGGGGCUAAACGAAGAGGAGUAUCCUCGGGAGCCCGCCGAGGCUGAGGUCAGACAAGUGAUGGACGUCUGCGACGGAUGCGCCGCGGAACCGUUCGCGAAGGCGCUGGUCAUAGACUGGAGAUCGGCGCCCAAGAAGCUCUACUCCGGCGCGCUGUACCUGCCGGCUAUACCGGCGUGCAAAGCGUUUUAAACCACCGACGAGAUAACGCGGCGAAUCGCGCGCGAAGCGAUUGCAUUCCGGGACGUCGCGUGAAUUUUUCGCGGAAUUUAUCGAGCGUCCGCCCGGAAAGAUCCGCCGAGUAACGAUGCGAACUCUCGAUAAGGGUCUACGAAAGAUCGACGAUCUCCCGAGAACGAAACGUUCCCAGGUAUCCCAAGCCAUGUCUUAGAUCGCUGAGUAUCUUUAGUUGUUACGGACGAAGAUGUCUGUCACUCGCCGUGCCGAGCCAGGCGCCCUUCCGAUUUCUUUGGUCUUUGUUACUCAUUGAUUCUUUGCUUCUCGUGCCUCGACGAUGUAAUCGAACACUCUUUUAUUUGUCGUAUCUUCGCGAACGUUACGAGCAUUCGGAGACACGAGCGAUAUUGCCAUGAAAAAAGAAAAACGUGCGCUUGACGAGACAUCUUGCCGAUCAUAUUUAUUUGCAAUCCCCGUUCGAUUAACUGUACGACUAUUAAGUCUGAAGACUCCAACGAGUGUUGCGGUGGCGAGUACGGGGUCAAUUGUAACGAGAAAUAAUUAUAACCCUCGUUAAUAAGACAGUGAGAAAAAUCUGUAAGAGUUUUGCAAAACCUUGGUUCUAAGAUAUUAGAAUUCUAAUGAGCCUAUUUGUGCGGAGAACGGCUGCAAUCUUUGUUAAUAUUGUUACAAAUGGCCGGAAGUUUCCCCUUGAUAAAGAUACGUAAUAAACGUCGCGGUAAUCCGUAGACGAAGGUAGAGUUUAAUUAAUUAAGAAAAAUUUCAUUAACGGAAUGAAGAACGUCGGCGUAAUGGGACAAUAUUAUGCUGCAAGUUCGAGAAACCGAUCACGAAUAAUAACGAUCGUUUUUGACAGAAUACUCAUCGCCGUUUUAAGGUGCGUGCUGAUCGAUUGACCUCGGCGAGACGAAGGGAAACUUAAUUGCACGACGGAAACCGCCUUAAUCGAUCAGCAACGUACGCCUCGGUCGCCUAAGCUCAAGACUUAGCUCUAGUGUGUAUGCAUUUUGUCAGUGCAUAUGUGAUGUAUGGCGAAUAAACUUUUAUAAACCAUUGCA